AUUGGGAAAGUUCUACACUCACCAGAGGGUGAGUUUUGGUUAUGGCAUGACUUGUCUCAGUUAAAAUGGGAGCUGCUUUGAACUAUGGACGCUUCUGGGGUUAUUUUUCUUCUUGUUUUUCUUCUUGCAGGAAAUCCUGGGUGUCGAAAAAAUGAAAUCCUUUCACUUGACGAGGUCACGGGGGGCUGGCCAGCAGCCAGGCACAGGGCUCCUGCGUGGCUCUGCCUGUUCCUGUCUGAGCCCAUCACUUCCUCCAGGACGCUUCUCUUGCAUGUACUUCUGCACACUACAAGGAGAGGCUUAGAUUUGUUCCUAUGCUCAGUAUUUAGUUUGCUCUACACUUUGAGAAGGCCAGUAAUGUCUUAAGACCUGUUGCAGUCUCCAAAUAUAAAACCCCCUUUGUUGGGGGGAGGUUGACUUGACUGAGCCGCAUGAUCAGAGUCAGGUGACAAUUUUGGGCACAAAACCGGAGAAUAAACAGUUGGGUGUAGGAGAUUAGCUGCUGACUUGCCUUUUGACAAGCUGUGCUACUCCUCAGGGAAAAAUGAGUGCCUGGCCUUCUCCUCUGAUUUGGAGCUUAACCACGGCGUGUUUAACAGGUAUUGCUUUAGGCCAGACCACCACCACCCAGGUCCCUACUGCAUCAACCCCAGCACCCGCCAGUGAAACCACCACCCAGGUCCCCAUUGCAUCAAGCCCAGUACCUCCCAGUGCAGCCGCUACCAUGGCCUCUGCUCCCCCAACUGCCACUGCAGUGUUGUCAGCUGGCGUGGUGUCAGCCUCUGCAAACCUUGUUGUGUCCACAGCAGUGCCAUCUGCUGAUCCAAGCACAAAAAAGCCUGCUCAGACUCUGCUCGCCACCACGGGUGUGACCAUCCUCACCUCUGGCAGCACCACCACUUCUCAAGCAUCUACAGGACUGAUGGCCGCAUCCACCAGCACCCCAGUGUCCCCUCCAGGUGUGACAACAUCUCCUGGAGUCCUGUCAGCAGCUCCGUUCCUCACCACUGCCAAACCCGCAAACUGCAGCGGUGUGAACGUGACAGCCUGUGCCCGCUGCUCCCCAGGGACGUUUCCCAACGAAGGCACCUUGAGCUGCUCGUGCUGCGGGGGGGGCUCAUGCAUAGACCCCAGUGCCUGUACCUCCUGCCCGCUGGGCCACUACCAGCCUGAAAGUGGGCAACUGUUGUGCCUGCCUUGUCCACAGGGCCAUUACACCAACUUCACAAGGAGCACCACAUGCCUUCCCUGCCCGCCUGGCCAUUACGCUAAUGAGUCCGGAGCUACAGCCUGCAGAGCAUGUGAGAAAGGCUAUUUUAGCUCCAAGGAAAAUGCAGCUUUUUGUCUGCCUUGUCUGCCUGGAUCAUUUUGCAACACCACCAGCUGCACGGUGUGUCCGCCUUGUCCUGGUGGGCAAGAGGCUCUUCAGGCUGCGGCGCGGGACUGCAUGCCUUGCUCACCAGGUACAUUCAAAGGUCCCAGCGACAACAAAUGCAAGCUCUGCAGGACAGGAGAAUACCAAUUACAGUGGGGCAAGGAGAGCUGUGACCUGUGCCCAGAAAAUCACUACUGCCCUAGCCCAGAUGUGAACCCAGUGAAGUGUCCUCCCGACGCCUUCUGCCCCGCAGGCAGCGCUGAGCCGGCGUACUGCAUGGAGCUCUUCCUUUACAAGGCAGGGGACUCCUGCCAGCUGACCCCACUGAUGGUCGUUCUCCUGGCCAUCUUCUCAGCAUGUGGAAUCCUUGCUGUCUUUCUAAUAAUUCUGAGAAGAAGGCAACAAUAUAGCAAGAAAUCGUUAAAGUCUCUGUUGCUACCCCAAGGCUCAGGACGACACACAACUUACGGGGGGACUGAGCACACAGAACCAGUCUAUGCUGGCUGGUAGCCUAGGACACGCUAUCAGCAAGCAACCUCUUUUUUUCCAUGCGGCAAGACAGAUGGUGCAUAUGGGGGAAAUGGUUAACUAUGAGCAACCUGUUUCUGUAGAGCUAAAAUAAGUGCAGAGAAAUUAAACCUCAAUUUUUGAGUUGUGGCUGCUUGUGCUGAUCAACCCAGCUGUGCUACUGUACUGAAAUGGAUUGAGGGGAAAAGUCUACCCCUGCAAGUCCCAGCUUCAUUCAGAAGUAAAUACUUUUCUGCUUUCCUCAGUGAAAAAAACAAAAAACCAAUUGUGUGUCUGUCUCUCUCCAGUUAGCUGAACAAACUGAGUAGGAAUCAACUGCUCCAGUUAUUAAGGUUCCUGUGAUACAAUAAUCUCUUCCACCUGAGCAGGAACUAACAUGAAUAUGCUUCAAGGAAUAUGCAAUUUUUUUUUCCAUUCUCAAAACUUUACUAAUUACUACUAGUCUAAACAAGAGCAAGUAAAGGAAAGGGAGGCCAAAGCCUUCCUCUCAGCUGUGGGAAAACAGGUGCAACUAAAACAGUGGUUGAUUUCUGGACAAGUAUGUCCCUUUUGUUUCCUGCUGUAUGAUGUCCUUCAUACUAGAGCUACAAAAGCAACUCAGAACUUCCACCAUACCUCACAGGAAUUGUUUCUUUCUCUACCACACCACACUGGUAAGGCAUGAAACUGUGCCAGUGAAACCUUGGAGCCAAACAGCGCAGCAUGCUGCAGCCACAGAAGACAGCUUGCCCAUUUUUGCAUGCCUGGAUGUGCCAGUACUAGACCCAUUGCUUGAAUUCCUGUGCAGAGUUCUUGCCCUGAUCCCUGACACUUGAUUUGUCCCCCACCCAUGAGAGCAGGAUGUGUGAUCUGUACCUGUUCUCCCUGCAUGGAGCUGUGGCACUCCAAGCUUUCUUCUCUGCAGUUGGCCCAGUUCAACAAUCUGGUUAAACUGAUGCAAUUCAUGUUUUACAGGGCUGAUUUCAAAUUGUCUAGUUGUUUGUGUGGCUGGUUAACUCUUAUCUUUUUAAAAUUGUUGUUUGCUACAUUUUCCCUAUCAGGCUCUUUCUCGGUGAUGUUUAGCUUUCUGCACUUGUUCCUUAUGGCCAUUUGAGGUCUCACCAGCAUAGCAGGCACUCAGAAAUGCCCACUGACUGUAAUAGACCCAGCUUCAACUGCUCCAUGAAAUCAGUGCCUGGGCUCUCUUAACCUUCCCACCUUGUUGCCUCCAGUCUCCUAACAAGCAAAAUUCAUACACAUAGUAGGUGUGCUGCAUAACCCCAGACAGAUGAGCCAGCUGUUACCCUUUGUCACAGCACCUGUGCUUCACCAGCUCUACAAGCACUAGUAAAACCAGUUAUCUACUAUUAAAAGAUCUGUGCUUUUAAAUGAAUGUGCACUGAGGUGGAAGCAGGUGUUACUUUUCACAUUCAUCUCUUCACUGGGCUAGCACAGCAGCAGACUCAGCUGA